AGAUCCGAAAAAGAAAAACAUUACCUUCUGUUAAAAUCUCCGAACAUGAACAACAACUCCAAUAACAACAUGCGAUCUGCGCCACUGUUAUCUUCCAAAUCCUCAACAUCACUGUCCUUUCUCUUGCUUCUAAUUGCAUCAUCCCUAUUUCCAUUUCCUAUUACACAUCAUUCUUCUCAUUUCCCCAUCAACUUCACUUUGAAUACACUCAACCUUCACCAAAUCUCGAUUGAUACCCCAAAACCCACUUUCUUAUUUCAAAUUUAAAAUAUUAAAUUUUGAUAAAAACCCAUAUAACAAUUUUCCAAAUCAACUUCAUUCACUGUGUUAGAAAUUUGAAUCAUGGUGGUGUUCACCUCUCACAAGAGUACAAGUUUCUUCUUUGUUUUUCUAUGUGUUGCAGCUCUUGGUUCGGUUUUUUUGGUGUGGCAAAAGAAUGCGAUUAAUGGGUUUUUGGUUUUGGGUGGAGAAAGGGUUUGGGAGUCACCGAAGCUGAGGCCUGUGGUUUUCAAUUUGACUGAUUUUGGUGGGGUUGGUGACGGGGUUACCGUUAAUACUCAGGCUUUUGAAAGAGCUGUUUCUGUUAUAUCUAAGUUUGGGGAUAAGGGUGGUGCUCAGUUGAAUGUGCCACCUGGUUUUUGGCUUACUGCCCCCUUUAAUCUCACUAGUCAUAUGACUCUUUUUCUUGCUCAUGAUGCUGUCAUUCUUGGAAUUCAGGAUGAAAAAUAUUGGCCAUUGAUGCCGGCAUUGCCUUCAUAUGGAUACGGUAGGGAGCGUCCUGGGCCGCGGUAUAGCAGUUUGAUUCAUGGUCAAAAUCUUAAAGAUAUUGUGAUAACAGGGCAUAAUGGUACCAUAGACGGACAAGGACAGACAUGGUGGACCAAACAUCUCCAUAAGCUUCUCAACCACACAAGGGGGCCACUUGUUCAGAUCAUGUGGUCCAGCGACAUCGUGAUCUCAAAUAUUACUCUGCGCGACUCUCCUUUUUGGACUCUUCAUCCAUAUGACUGCAAGAACGUUACGAUAAAAAAUGUUACGAUAUUGGCUCCCGUAUAUCAUGCUCCGAAUACUGAUGGCAUUGAUCCAGAUUCUUGCGAGGAUAUGUUGAUAGAGGAUUGUUACAUAAGUGUCGGGGAUGAUGCAAUUGCGAUAAAAAGCGGCUGGGAUCAAUAUGGAAUUGCUUACGGAAAGCCUUCUAAGAACAUUCUAAUCCGAAACCUUGUCGUUCGUUCUAAUGUCAGUGCUGGCAUCUCCAUAGGAAGCGAGAUGUCUGGUGGAGUAUCCAACGUCACCAUCGAAAACAUUCUUGUAUGGGAAUCUCGACGUGCCAUCAGGAUCAAGACCGCACCUGGAAGAGGCGGAUACGUUCGCCAAAUAACUUACCGGAAUCUAACUUUCCAUAACGUCCGUGUUGGAAUUGUUAUCAAGACCAAUUACAACGAACACCCUGAUGCCGGAUAUGACCCUUCCGCACUUCCAACUCUCAGAGACAUAAGUUUCAGCAAUGUCCGCGGUGAGGGAGUUCGUGUUCCGGUACAAAUUCUAGGUAGCAAAGAGAUUCCAGUUAGAAACGUAACUUUCCAAGAUAUGAAUGUUGGGAUAACAUACAAAAAGAAACAUAUCUUUCAGUGCGCGUUUGUGGAAGGUCAGGUAAUAGGGACCAUUUUUCCGAAACCGUGUCGGAAUUUCGAUCAGUUCAACGAGCAAGGAGAGUUGGUUAAGCCCGCCGAGUCGCAGAAUGUAACAGACAUAGAUUAUGAAAUCUGAGGUAUAUAUAUAUAUAUAUAUAUAUAUAUAUGUAAUAUUGCAAACUACUAGGUUCUGUUCCAUCAUUAAUCAGGCCUGAAUUUAUGUCUGAUUGUUUUUGUAUGAUAAUUUUUGUGAGGGGAUGGAACAAUCAAAAGUCUUGCCUUUCUUAGGUGAUGAGUUGUAUAUAACAAAAAAUUUCAGUUGGUUGAAUGGAUAAUUCUCUUAUACUAA